CAAUUUUUACCAAAAUGACCUAACAUUCGUUGAAUGUGAUCCGUGCUGUGCGGUUGAUUUCCACAAAAUCAGCUUUUUGUCUAAUAUUUGUACAAAGAAUCAGUCUGUGCAGUGAGAUUUCCCGUUUUUUUUUUCUUCUUUUUUUUUUUGCUCUUCAAGUCAUAGCGGCUCCAAGAUGAGCCAGUAAAAAAUCGCGACACUAGUGAUAUUGCUUAAGCAAGGAUUGAAUUCUAUUGUCUGUCAGAUUUUCAACGAAAACAAACCAAAUAAAAAUAAAUAGACGCAAUUGUAAAACUAAAUAUAGAGUCGCACAAAAAAGUCAGUUGUCAUAAUUAAGAUAAUUUUGUAAAAAAAAAAUAUAAAUUGAGGCAAGGAAAUAAAUGAAAAAAGUUACGCAAAUGUCCAAACAAGUUCAAGGUGACGAGAUUAACGAUAAAGUUCCAAUUGGAAAUAUGGCAAAAAUGAGUGGAAAAUUACAGUCGAAGAAUCACGUUAACUCGAACGACCAUUUCUCGGGUUUACCACGAAUGGAGGCACUCGUGCGAAUUGCCAACAUCCCACUCAUUGAAACUGGAGUCAAAACCGCUGGCAAGGUUUACUAUAAUCUAAAACAACGCAAUGGAUUAUUUACAUGGAGCUUCAAUACAGCCGAAGGUGUUAUUUUCGCAGCUGUCGAAACUGUUCGGCCAGCUGUGAAAAUCAUUGAAGGCCCAUUGCAUCGUAUCGAUCAAAUUUUAUGCAACAGUUUGGAUAUCGUGGAACAACGUGUACCAUCCAUCUAUUUGCCACCACAAAUGAUUUUAAACAAUACCAAAGAAUAUAUGACUGAUCACUUGGUACAGCCAGUGCUAAAACGUGCCGGUUCUGUAAAGCAGCUCGGUUCAUCUGUACUCGACAGUCCGUUGUCAGCAUACGCCGCCGAUCGCAUUGAUGGCGCCAUUAAUGUGGCUGAUAAAUACGUUGAAAAAUAUCUACCAUCCGAGGAUCAUGUUGACUCUGCUAUAAGUGAGGAUGAUAAUGAAAGCAAAGCAAUUCAUACAUUCCACAAGAGUCAAAGAUUCUCCCGAAAAUUGAAGCGGCGUUUGACACAGCGCACCAUUCUCGAGGCUCGUGCAUUGAAGAAACAGAGCAAAGAAGCCAUCCAUAUUCUGAUUUAUGCCGCUGAAUUGAUUGCAACUGAUCCAAAAUUGGCUCUGCAGAAGGCUCGCGAGCUAUGGUCACACCUAAGCAAAGAUGAACCGGAGAAUCAGGCCCGACCACAAACGAUUGAAGAAUUGAUUGUAUUGAUCACGAGAGAAUCAGCACGUCGUAUGGUGCAUUUGGUCAACUACACUGGAUCUACCGCAACAAAACUCCCAAACACUGUACGCGAUCUUCUACAUCAAUUUCUCUACGCUGCUGACUCACUGAUAAGAACUGCACACUUGGACAAAGCCAAAUCGACUGCUGUAACCGAGGCUUACGGAAUAAUCACGAAAAUGUCAGUGCUAUACAAUUUUUUGCAAACGUACACGUCAAGUGCAUUGGAACGUUUGGCGUACAUUUUGGCUGGACGAAUGAAAAGCAAUGGAACGCCACGUGCCAAUGCUAAAAAGGGCGCUAAACAUCGUCAUUAUGUGGGCAAUUCAACACGUCCCAACAACAAUCCUCCAGUAAACAAUCUCAAUGGAGCCUACUGAAUAUACGUCAUUUCACUGAUAUUCUUUUUUAUUCUCUUCAUUUUUAGAAAAUAAGUGUAAUAAGUCUAACGAAAUUUAUGAACAUAAAAUGCUUUAUGUAUGCGUAGGAUUUGUCCGAAAAUUUGUAUAAGCCAAAAUUCAUACAUGUUUACUUUUUGUUUGAUAUUGUCAAAUAUGAUGGUGAAUAGUUGAAAUAAUGAGCUAACCGAUUGUUUCAAAAAGUGAAAGAGAGAACAAAUACUAAUAAACAUUUUGAGACGA